GCGUGCGGGGGGCGCCGUGCGGCCGGGCGUGCGUCCGCGAGUGGGAGAUGCAUUGGCGUCACGCGGCCGGGUGUGUCCUUCCGCGUGGUUUUGAUCAACAGUCCGUGAGGGGAUCGUGAAAACUUUUCUCUGUGGCUGAAAGGAUGAAAACUGAGUAAGUACACAGAACUUUGAACUUGAAGCGGAAUGAGACAAAUACGAGCAAAACUCCGGCAGUAACCAUGUCCAUUCAAACCGUGCGUUCCCUUUUUAUGUGAAAAGCCGUGAAUGCUUACGGGAAAGUGGCGAUUUAAAACGGACCGAAGGGAAGCAGUGGAGGACCAUGAAAGGCUGGAAGCGGGACUGCUCCAGACCCGGAGGAGAAUGAGGAACUGCUCGGGCAAGCUGGCCCGCAACCCGCGGUGCAACAGGCACUUCUCGUUUUAACCUUUAGCGCUCUUCAGUGCCGUUUCUAGACUCCAGAUUUACUCUGGUAUUGUUUUCUCUUUUGCUGUAGAGUCUUUGCUGCGAGUCUAAGGAUGUUGUGAAAGUAAGUCAUCACCGGAAGCAACAGUUGGGCAGCCUGGGGGUACGCUCAGGUUAUUAGUUACCACUAGUAUUAUUUUGAUGUCUUUUUUAAACCCAGGCCAGCCACUUUUCAGUGUCAUCCAUGGGAAGGAUCUUAUUAACCGCCUCAGACUUUUGGGACCUAUGAUUCUUUGGCAUGGUCCUUCGGAAAGUUCUUAAGCGGAGAUGGAACACUCUUGAUUGAAGUUGUGGAAGAAGACUGAUUUGUAUUUUUUCAUGCUGGCAAAAAAUAGCUGCUAUGACUCUUCCGGCAACGUGGACAGGGGCCAAGUGAAGCUGAGCUGGUCAUGGUCUGUCGUCCAGUGUUCCCUUGUCGUCGGCGAUUUUGCCCCCGGCCCUUUUUGGUGGGCUUGGUGGUGGCCAUCUGCCUCUUCUACCAGACCUUGACACUCCGAGGGACCAGGAAGCUCACAGCCCCUGUCCCUGGGGCCGCCCCAAACACACCCACCGAAACCCAAGCAAGCAGAUGCAAGAAAGGAAUCUCCCUGGACAAACAGUGCUUCCUUCCCUCCGGUAAUGCACAGGAAAUCAGAAAGAUCGAGAAAUCAAUAAAGACACACUUUGGGAGCCAUGACAGAAGGGCCAUCCUCUACAGGCCUCCUUCCUACAGCAAAAUGGAGUUUCAGCUCCAUCAGCACGUUCUCACUCAGCAUCGCUACUCGGUCGUCAUCGCUGAAGAAAGGCUCGGUGCUGGCCUUGGGCUGGGGCUGCUAGAAAAAGGUGAUUUGGGCUCUUGGGAUCUGCUCAUUUGCCUGUCUUCCAGGAAAGCUGGUGGAAAACCUUGCAUAUCCAAGGAAGACGUGUGCCAGUUAGGUUUACAUCAAAAGGUAAACAUAUUACCAGAAAUACAGCAUCAGCUUUGCAGUAAAGAAGGAUUAUGUCAAAUAAUUAGAAGAUUUCCAGAUUUGCGACUUGUGGUGAGCCCCUCUGUGUGUCUGGAUCAGAGCAUACAGUUAAAGCUGAGCAAUUCUAGUGACCUUUUAAAAACAGCAAAGCCACAUAUGUGGAAACCGUGGGACUGGCAACGUGGACAGCUGAAUCAAACAACAGUCCUUGCUCCACAUGAAACAAUCUUUAGAGCUGAAGAAUUAUCUGUGAUUCUUAAAGCAUAUGUGUUGGUGACAUCUCUAACCCCUUUGCGUGCAUUCAUUCAUUCAACUGGCAUGGUUUGGAAUCCACCAAAGAAAAAACGCUUCACUGUCAAGUUGCAAACAUUUUUUGAGACAUUCCUGACAGUCAGUUCACCUCUUCAGGCUUUUGAUAAUAUGAAGGAAACAAUUAGCAAACUCCUCCUAGCAGCUGAAGUAUUCAGCGAAACAUCUACUCUGGGACCAAAGACCUUCAAUAGAUGCAGAUUAUGUUUUCAGCUUUUAACUUUUGACAUUGGUUACCACAAUUUCAGGUACCCUGUUGUGCUCCAGGUGCAUGAGCAUUUAAAUUUUCAAGAUGAUGAUAAUGUGGAUUUUGAGGACCAAAACAUACAAGAAUUCCUUUUACAAGAUACUUUCAAUAUUCUCUUCUCUAAUGAAUCUUCACUUCCAAUGUUUUAUGAGAUAUUUCAGGGACUUUAUACAUCAGGUGUUUUUAAGGGUGAAAACUAUCAGAAGGAACCAAAUCAAUGCCUGUCUUUAGAGGAGAUGCACUCAAUUAUGACUUUCAUAAAGGAACUUGGGAGUUUGGGGCCAUUCCAACUGCUCUUCCCAUCUACUGCUCCUGGGAUUCAAUCUUUGAUGCAUGAAUUUUAUGAUAUGGCAAAUCCUAUAGGGCAACCUGGUUCAGUCCUGACUCAAUACUGGUCUCUUUUAAAUGUAUUUGAACAAUUUCAGCUCCUGAAUAAAAAGGCGCAGCUACAUCCACUGGAAUGGAAUUCUUUCACAGAGGAUGAGAACACUGAAAAACCACAAGUGCCAUUUGAUGCAAUUGAAAAUAAAAAAGCUUCUGUUCCACAAAUUAUAAAUGAAACCAAAGAAGUUCAUUGCAGUAAUGAUGACACACAGUGUUAUAUCAAACAGAUCCUCACACAUCCACAUUUGGAGCUGAAUCCUGAAUUUAACCCGAAGAUCAAAGAUUAUUACUCUGAAGUCCCAUUUGACGUGGUAACAGUGACAAUUGGAGCAGAGACUUCUAAGUGUCAGUGCAAGGUGUACCUGCAUGAUCGGGCAGGAACAAGCUUUGCCAACUACCCUCUAGGUUUGGGAAUAAACAAAAUCUCAGUGUUUGUGGUGGAUGAGUCUCCAGCACAGGGUGAGACCCUGAUCACGUACAAACUCACCAUCUACAGAGAAGAUCGUCCAAGUCUGCCCUUGUUUGAAGACUUCUCUGCCUGCGGUUUUGUGCAGGAUUGUGGUUUGCUGAUUCACCCAGAGGAAGCCUGUGGGUUACAGCCUGUUUCCUCUGACUACAUUGAAGCCAUUUCACAGCCUGAACUAAAGAUCUGUCCAUCCGGCGACACAAAAGGCCAGUGGAUCGUGCCUUGCCUUAGCUGCUCAGACAACAGGACCUGUGACUGGAGAGAGAUAACAUGGCAGCCUCAGAACUGCCAAUACGGUGUUCUAACUAAGCCUCAACUCCAGCGGUGCCUGGGGGGAAGGAAGAUUCUUUUCAUUGGAGAUUCAACCAACAGAGGAAUAAUGUACUAUCUGAUCGAAAGACUAAAUGAAACCUUGCAAGAAUGGCAGAAGGUGCACGGCACAAAAUUCUACCACAAUGUCAAUGGUGGGAAGACUUUGAUCAGUUAUUCCUACUAUCCGCAGUUCUGGAUAAGCCCUUCACUGAGACCAACAUUUGAAAAAGCACUUGAACAUCUCUUGCAAAGAUCACGUCCCCUGGAGAAUACAGGCCAGACAGUAUUGGUCGUUGGUGGUGUUCAGUGGCUUAAUUCCAAUCACCUGCAAAUUAUUCACAAGGUUUUGAAGAGGGAAAAUUUACUCAAUAUCCUUGUGAUCAUCAAAACUUUGGGAAUUGGAUUUCAUCUCCCAGUGGAUGGACUGCAUUUCUUGACACAAAGUGAAGUUCAGAACUUAUGGAAAGAAAACGUGAUUAUUCUGGAUGCUGCAAAAACAUACGGCUAUGAAGUGGUUGACACAUUUACUAUAACGAUGGGGCGAUACAAAGAGUUUUUGCAGGGGACGUGUGGAUGUCAUUUCCAUGAGGUAGUGAAAUCAAAGUUACCCAAAGAAUAUCACUUUAUUAAAAUGAAACAAUCAAGCAAUCAUCUUGUGGGAAAAUAUUUCAGCAAUCAGAGCAAACGGCAACAAGACGCUGUAACCAGUUCUCAGUCACCAUAUCAUGUCAGAGGCCCAAUUAAUCAGGUUUGCUCUGAAAUCCUUCUCAGCAGGAUAUGUGCAAGUAAAAGAACUGUGUAGACUGCCUGUAGGAGGACUGAACUUGGAAUUGGAGGCCAGCCACUCACCGGGGCAUGGUCUGAGAACCAAAUCCUUACAUCACGGGUAUUUUGGAUUGACUACACACUCAUGCACACUAUCACAUGCAUACACACCAAUGCACACAUGGCUAAAACAAGUAAUAAUAACACUUUUUUUUCCCUACAGCUUUAUAAGGUCAGUAUGUGCACUUGAAAAUCACUUGGUUUCAAGGGGAAAGCUAAAGUUUGAAAAAGGUUACUUGAAGUAUAAUUGUAAAUUGGAACCGCUGUGGGCUAGGUAUUGCAUGGUGAUAAUAGGAAGAAAUACAGACACUUGAAUUAUGUGGACAAAAAGGAUAAUGCUCUUGAAUGUUGUGUUAUCUUCUCUCUCGGUACAUUAAUACUGAAAAGGGGAAAAAAGCAGUCACAUUCCAUUUGCAAGUAGGGAUUGUGCUUUUGUUUUUUACUAGGAGAAAAAGUGAUGUGUAUGAUAGAUUACACUUUGUAAUCUAAUGCUUAGGAAACACAUUUCUUCCUAUACUUUUUAAAUUUUAUAUUUUAAAGGAGAAGAACAGGAAUGUUCCACAGGGAAUUCGGAGGGAUUCUUGGAGAAAGAUAGGAAGUGAAGUAAUUUACAGUUAAAACACCAAUGUAUUUAACUUUGCACUCUUUGUACUUUUCAAAAACAUUCCCUCCUACCCUGUCCAUGAACUUGGAUGGGUAACUGCAGUAUAAGUUGAUUAAAUAUGUAAUUUUAAAGUGAGAAACAGAAUAUAGUUCCUCAUGUAUUACUUUAUUAUGUUUUAUUGAUGAUGCUACUCAUGAAAGCUUUUGUUUGCCAUUAGAGCCCUCUGUAAUUUAAGGUUAUGUUUUAUAUAAAUAUUUUCAAAGGAUUAGGCAUUUGCAGGUGCAUAGGCAUUUAUGUUCAUAAAGCAUUUGUAUAUGUCCACAAAUAAUAUGUUACUAGUAACUAUAUUUUGAUUUAUCUAAUCCAAACUGAGAGUAGGUAUAAAAUUAUUUUUUUAUUAAAACUGUGGCAUACAUAUAUAAAACAUAUGUAAUUCUACUAUUGAGAGCUUUCUCAUCUAUAUUUUAAUUUCAAAAUAGUGAAUUUCUUUAUUUUACAAGUGUUUUGUCGUGAGCUGUCCCACAGUUCAAAUUGUUUUCUGAAGGAUUAUUUUUCUUUUGGGGAAAAAAAGCUGGGAGGGUUAUUCAAUACAUGUCUGAAAUUACCAAACGUACAAAUACCUCAGGUUCAUUACUACACACAAAAAAAAGACUAUUUUGAUUGAUAAGUUCCUUGGUAUGAAUAUCCACCUCUUUAAAUACUCUAUUUUUAUAUAUAUUUUUAUAUGGAAGUAAACAUGAAUUUAUAUUUAACUGUCUUAAAUUAUAUUUAAGCACAACUAUCACUUGAUAUAAACAAUACAUAUCUGCCUCUGACAGAUGAUAGAUUUUUUUUAAGUGGUACAGAAUUAACCUUUAAAAUUAAAGGUUUAGGGGCACCUGGAUG